UGUGCUUUUACCUUGCCUGGAAAAAUGGCUCUUGCAUCAGUCGGAGGCUCUCUUCUCUCUGCUUUCCUUCAAGUGCUGUUUGAUAGGAUGGCGUCCCCAGAGCUCCUGAAUUUGUUUCGUAAGCGAAAAGCUGAUGAUGAGCUCCUCAAGAAGCUCAAGAUCAACUUGCUGGCAGUUGGAGCAGUGCUUGAUGAUGCAGAGAACAAGGAAAUAAGCAGCCAAGCUGUCAAGGAAUGGCUUGAAGAGCUUCAUGAAAUUGUUUACCAGGCAGAUGAUUUGCUCGAUGAGAUCAACACUGAAGCUCUGCGAGUUAAGGUGGAAUCUGAGUACAAAAGCUCAACCAGCUUCCUGGUAAGUGCUUCCACUUAUAUUUCAUCUUUCAGUAAUCAGUUCUUUAAAAGGAUUAUGCCUGAGAUACAAAAAGUUGUGAUUAGCCUAGAGGGAUUUAUACAGCAAAUUAAUCCCUUGGGCUUGCAAGUUGUUGAAUCGAAAAUACAAUCAUGUCGACUGCCUUCGACUUCUUUGGUCGAUGAGGAUGCUGUGUAUGGUAGAGAUGUUGAGGAGGAAAACAUAAUCCAAAUGUUGUUGUCGGAGGAUGAAAAGGGAGACGAUGUCAGUGUAGUUUCAAUAGUUGGCCAAGGUGGGAUUGGUAAGACUACCUUGGCUCAAUUGGUUUACAAUGAUAAGAGGGUGAAGAAUCAUUUCCCUACCAAGGCAUGGGUUUGUGUAUCAGAAGAGUAUAAUGCCACCAGGAUAACGAAGGAACUCCUUAGGGAACUCGACAUCUCAUUUUCCGACUCCGGUGAGAGUUUGAAUUCCCUUCAGGUUAAGCUACAACAAGGCCUAACUGAUAAAAAGUUUCUUCUUGUACUGGAUGAUGUUUGGAAUGAUGACUACGAUGAGUGGUAUAAAUUGAAGAUGCUGGUCAAGGGUGGUUCUGAGGGAAGUAAGAUAAUUGUGACAACAAGAGAUGAGAGAAUUGCACUUAUGAUGGGUCAUAAAAUGUCCAUUCAUCAUUUGGGUUUGUUAUCUGAGGAGGAUUCUUGGGUCGUAUUUGAGAAACAUGCAUUUGGAGGCAAAGACAAUGAAAUACGGCCAGAACUUGAAGUGAUAGGAAAAAAAAUUGUGAACAAGUGUGAAGGGUUGCCUUUGGCUGUGAAAACAAUUGCAGGGCUUUUGCGUUCAAGAAGCACGGUUGAGGAGUGGGAAGAGAUUUUAAGAAAUGAUUUAUGGAACCAGACAAGAAAUCCGAAUGGCAUCUUGCCAGCGUUGAGAUUAAGUUACAUGCAUCUUCCUUCCCAUCUAAAAAGAUGCUUUGCUUACUGUGCUGUGUUUCAAAAAGAUUUCUGGUUUUCUAAACAGGAAAUAAUUCAGUUAUGGCAUGCUAAUGGACUUUUGGAGCGCCCAAGAAAUAAUGAAAGUAUUGAAGACAUAGGUGAAGUGUACUUGCGGGAAUUGAGAUUGAGGUCAUUGUUGUGGCAGUCAACCGACAAUACAUUCUCUAUGCACGAUCUUAUCAAUGAUUUGGCUAGAUUUGUUUCUGGAAAAUAUUGUCUCAGGUUGGAAGAUCAUUACCCGGGCUAUGGUACAACAGCUAGAGUACGUAACUUCACAUAUUAUCCUAGUUAUUAUGACACAUUUGAUAAGCUUAAACUCUUGAGGGAGGCCAAGAGUUUAAGAACAUUCUAUCCAGUUUGUAGGAGUAACUUUGCUUUCAGAGAUGAAAUAAUAAGCAACAAAUUUUUACAUGAUGUGUUGCCCGGAUUCAAGUCCUUAAGGGUUCUAUCAUUGUACAAUCGAAGUAUACUUAAGUUGCCUGACUCGUUUAGGCAUUUCAAGCAACUUCGAAUCCUGAAUCUGUCUCAUACACCCAUAGAAAAGCUACCGGACUGGAUAUGUACCAUUUAUAAUCUACAAACUUUGUUGUUGUCAGAUUGCGAACACCUUGAGGAGUUGCCCAAAGAUCUAGGAAAGCUAAUUAAUUUGUGUUUUCUAGAUAUUAGUGGGGUCCCGCUGAAGAAAAUGCCAAUGAAAAUGGGUAGACUGAAAAACCUUCAAGUUUUAACUGCUUUUGUGGCAGGCAAGGACUAUGGUUUGACAAUUGAGGAGUUGGGAAAACUUCCUAUGCUUGGCGGUAAGCUACUCAUUUCUGGGCUGGAAAAAGUUUCUGGUGGAAGAGAAGCAUCAAUGGCAAACAUAAAGGGCAAGAACCAGCUUGAAAGUUUAACUUUGAAGUGGAAUGAUGAUGGUGAUGGUUCGCAAGUUGCCAGAGAUGUGCUUGAUGGUCUACAGCCUCAUUCAAGUAUAAAACAUUUGAAAAUCAAUGGAUAUUGUGGGACAAGAUUUCCUAACUGGCUGGAAACCCCUUCAUUUUGCCAUAUAGAAUCCAUAAGUCUGAUCAAUUGUGAAUAUUGCUUACGCUUGCCCGCACUUGGGCAGCUUCAGUCCUUGAAAUCCCUUGAAAUUGUUGGAAUGAGUAACAUAUCAGCCUUGACCGAAGACAUGUAUUAUGGGGACAAUUGUGAAAUUAAACCUUUUCCAUCUCUCAGAAAAUUCAAGAUUGAGAAUAUGCAACAGUUGGAGAAAUGGGAUAUACCAGAAGGUGAAGUCUUUUGCAGUCUUGAAGACCUCUCUAUAAUUGAUUGCCCCAAACUCGUUGGAGAAUUGCCCAAACAACGUUCAUCACUCAAAAUACUGGAGAUAUCUGGGUGUGACAGGUUUGUGCUCAGUAAUGGUCGAUUGAGCAUCUUGGACGAACACAUUCAACAACUCUCAUCUCUUUAUCUGUUGACUGUUUCACGCAUGGAGAAUCUGAAAGAGCUAUCCCCAGAACUGAACAAGUUAGCCUGUCUUGAGUGGUUGAAAAUUAGAGAUUGUGACUCUAUCAAAGUUGUCUCGCUUGGCUUGUUCCCCAUGCUAAAAGAUGUUGACAUUGGUAACUGCAAGGGUAUGGAGAUGCUCUCCGUUCUUCCACGUGGGAUUGGGAAUCAAAGUAGUAGUCUAACUUCACUUCAAUCCUUGGAGAUCUGCGACUGUGAUAAUCUAAUGUCUUUUCCAGAUGAGGGAUUGCCAGCUCCCAACUUAAAGUCGAUGUGCAUCGCAUGUUGCAAGAAGCUCAAGUCACUGCCGGCAAGGAUGGAAUCACUUCUUCCAUCUCUUCAAGGACUCACAUUAAUCGGUUGUCCAGAAAUUGAGCGCUUUCCAGAGGGGGGUUUGCCCACCAGCCUACAAGGACUUGGUAUUACCGUUUGUGGAAAGCUCCUGACAAGUCCAAGAGAGUGGGGUUUGAUGAGACUCCCCUGUCUCCGAAUAUUGUGCGUUCAUAUCAUGGAUGAAGCAAUAGAGUCCUUUCCAAACGAGGACUGGCUGCUGCCUUGCACUCUUGAAGAUCUCACACUCGAGGUAGGUGAGAAUAUCAAAACGCUAAAUUAUUCGGGUUUUCAACACCUCACCUCUCUUCAAAAUCUACGAAUCAUUGGGUGCAGUCUCCUCCAGUCGCUCCCAGAAGAGGGACUGCCUGCCUCCCUCACUAAACUGGAAAUCUGGGACUGUCCACUGCUGAAACCAAGGUUAGAAUGGGAGAAAGGACGAGACUGGUCCAAGGUUGCCCACAUUCCCUGCAUAAUAGUCGAUAAAGAAUUGAUCCCAUGACAGACACGGUGCCAAUGUGGCGGCUCCCGAAGUUGCAAUUUAAGUUAUUGCAGGAAGAGGAAAGAGAAGAUUGGUUGAAGAUAGUUCGUACUUUGUUGUGGAUGUUAGCGAUGAACUGAAGGUGAAGUCCCCCUAAUGUUUCAGUGACUUGCAAGUGGGAAUGCGUUACAUCCUUGAUGGGUGGUUACGGUAAAAUUAUCUUAUGCAAGCACUGUGGAUAACUUUCAAUUGUAGGUAAUAGCCGGCAAGGAAACCCAAAACCCGAUAACCCAUUCAACCGUUCAUUAAUUUAAAGGAUGGAUUACGU